CAAGAAAGUCCCAACCCUCCCAGAGCCGUGGGGUUAGGUUAGGUUACCUUGGCCUGUGCAGAGCAAAAAGUAAGGUCAAGCGAGCCAUGAUAAGUCACCAACCGGUAAGUCAAUGGCCGCCCCAGUGCAUUCUGGGAAUGGUUUACUCCGUUUACUCCGUUGGAUGGAGCCCCGUCGUGGUGGUAUGGAACUAACGGCAUGGUGCCUCGCACCGCUCGUUCCAAUCAGAUCCCUUCCACUUCGAACUACGAUUAGUCGUGCUGUCUCUCUUACUAUCUGGGACUGCUGCUCCAUUAGUUCCUUGACAUAAUCCCCAUCAUAUCUCUCUCUUCCUUAGUUACUCUUUAGUCU